AUGCCCAACGGCGACAUGGCGGCGGGUGAUUCAACGCCUCUCAAGGUCACGAAUAUCCUAUCAUCCCGAAAACUCCGCCUGUUAAUCCCUGCCACCUUAUUCAUCGGCAUCUAUAUCGUUUUCGGCCACCGUUACACUUACGAUGCACUCUCCAAUAUUCCGAGCCCCGCGGCGUGGAGCAAAGGGCAGCCGGACAGCACGACGCCGACGGACGAGAGUGCGGUUGACUGGUCACAAUUCGCCUACACGCAGUACGUGACCGACAAUGAGUAUCUGUGCAAUUCGGUCAUGCUGCUCGAGCGACUGCAGCAUGUUAAUAGCCGCGCCGACCGCGUCAUGAUGUACCCGUCGUACAUGCUGGACCAAGGCGCAAAGCCAGGCAGCAGUCCCACUAGCAGCAAUGCCCGGUUGUUGAUCAAGGCUCGCGAUGAGUAUGGUGCCAAACUUGUGCCUAUUGAGGUCCAAUCUCGCGAGGGCAAUGAUAAAACUUGGGCUGAGUCCUUUACCAAGCUCCUCGCCUUCAACCAGACCCAAUAUAAGCGUGUGCUAUCCCUUGAUUCCGAUUCAGUCGUCCUACAAAAUAUGGACGAGCUGUUCCUACUCCCGUCCUGCCCUGUCGCCAUGCCACGCGCCUACUGGCUCUACCCCGAAACCAAGAUUUUGUCGUCUCAGCUCGUCCUCGUCGAGCCGAGCGAGCACGAGUUCGCCCGCGUCAUGGCCAAGGUCGACGCGGCGGGGCCUGACGACUACGAUAUGGAGAUCCUCAACUACCUGUACGGCGACACGGCGCUGGUGUUACCGCAUAGGCCAUACGACCUCCUCACGCAGGUAUUCCGGUGGGAGGGAGACGAGUACGCCAAGUAUCUCGGCGACGAAAACGAGGCGUGGGAUCCUGUAGCCGUGUUCAAUGAAGCCAAGUUCCUGCACUUCUCCGACUGGCCCGUGCCGAAGCCGUGGAAGGAGAACACCAAUUUCCGAAAUCAGAAGCAGCCGGCGUGCCGUGUACGAAAGGGUACCGAAUAUUGCGUGGAAAGGGACUUGUGGAAUGGCUUCUACGAGGACUUUAUGCAGAGGCGCAAGCGGAUAUGUUAG